AUGUCCUCGAAUCAUCCUACAGGCGGACAAUCCGGUCCAGCCUCCAAAAAGCGCGGCGCUCCAAACACCGGCGCCCGCAGCGAUGCGUUUCUGCAGAAGCGCGCCAAGGUUCACGCUGCUCGCAACAUCCCCACGCAAGCUGCCGACGCUGCGCUCAAGGAUGGCGAGCUGGAUCUGGUGGCCUUUGUGGCUGCUCACGAGUUUGAGAUCCGCGCUCUGGAGCAGAGCAUGGCCACGUCCAAGGCUGUUAGGAGCAGCAGAGCCUUCCAACAAGUGCCCCGCGGGCUGAGAAGACGGACGGCGAGCCACAAUCCCAAGCGGGUGCCUCGAAGGCUGCGGGCAAGGGCUAGGAGGGAAAUGGCCGAAGACAAUACCCCUCUGGUUGAGUCGCGAAAGAGGAAGCCGAGGACUACGAGAGCAAGAAUACGAGCCCAGAUGGCCAAGAGACUCCGGAUACUCGCGGCACGAAAGAGGAAGAGGAAGCAAGACAAGGGUGACGACAAUACGAAAGAGGCGGCCAAAGACGUCGGUGUCGUGGGGAGGACUCCGAGACCCAAGAUACGGAGGAACGCGCUCAACGAACCACCCAAGCCGCCUGCAAAGUUCAGAAAGCGCCAGAUCAACAAAACCUGGCUGCCGACACAUCAGUGGCACGCAAAGAGGGCUCGCAUGACAGAACCCAAGGAGCCCCUAUGGCGCUUUGCCAUCCCGUUAACACCGAACGAGAAGAUUUACCGGCCAACGCACAGGGCGCAGGGAGAGCGUGGUACCAUGGUUUGGGACAUGACUUAUAUGAGCACGAUUGGGCUUUAUGGACACUUUGCAGGCAUGGCAAGAGUCCUCCGGAAGGUCGGAGUGACGCACGACUCUUGCUGGGAUGACAGAGGGAGCAAGUGGAGGCAGGGCACAAGGGCAUGGACGGGCAUCUUGAGCAGAGAGAGGGUCGGGGUUCGGCGGCCAAUGUGCCAGUCGACUGUCAUUUGGGAUCCUGAGCCACAGCCACAAUCACAGGAUGCAGAGCAAGGACAGAGAGAGGGUGAGACGGAGCAAGGCAAAGAUGAGAAAAAGACGCAGAGACGAGUUUUUAUUAGAGUCCAUCCUUCAGCUUUCCUAGAGCUGUUCAACGAGCUGCUGCGCCUGACAAAGAUGGAAAACCCUCGAUUGUACAUCGAAGACCUACGAUUCGAAAUCGGAAGCAUUGAGCUCUCUGGCCCAGCCUCCACCGAAACACUGCUUUCAGUCUUGACGGCAUACCCGUCAGGGCCAAACCCAAAGAACAAACACGCCGAGCUAUUCGAGUCAUUAAAGGGGUUAACAAAUCCGGCGGCGCUACCAAAUAAUUCGGUUCUAAACUUUACUGCCCAAGAUCCUAGGUUGAGGUACCCGCCACGGAAGAUGGAGUUUUCUGAGAACGAACAGGCACAGACGGACUUGUUAACCACAAUCGCCAGUUGGCCCGCUGAAGAGAACUUGCAGCCAUCGCUUUUGUUUGAUCGACAGGUCCGGCACAAGGCCUCUUGUUUGCCGUCCCAAAAGUCCAUCAAUAGAAGGAGAAGUAAAGUCACAUCUGGAGCGCUUUUGAAGCCAACAAUCCUGGACCCUCCCAUUCCCAUCACUCUCAUUGCAUCGCGUUCUGCAGUGGGCACACAGGCGCAAGGAACAUGGACUCUUCUUGCGCCUUGGAAGUGCAUCACCCCCCUGUGGUACAGCAUCGUUCAUUGCCCGCUGGUCUCAGGUGGCAACCCGCGGUUUGCUGGGCUGAACGAGACGAUGCAGGUUGCCUUUGAGCGCAGUCUUCCAUGGUUCCCUGCUGACUUUCUCGGAACCGAUGCUGGAGCAGAAUGGGAGCUCGAGCGGAGACAGAGACGAAAGAGGGAAUGGGCUAGACGGCCCAAGAGCAAGAGAGUCGAGUGGGCAUCCCUCAAUUUGGGCGCAGGGCGACAGGGCGAGAUUGGAGACGGACACGCCUGUGAUUUUGAGUUUCUAUUCGGUCUUGUACAGCAGAGUGCCUCGCCGGAUGACAAUUCGGGAGAGGCAAUGGAUGUUGAUGGCGGAGACCCGGCGCCCAUCGAAAAGAAGGACGUCACCGACGACGAUAUGCCGUACCUCAAGCUGUUGAGCAGCAUCCCCAAGGCCGUAUUCAACAGUCUCGUUUCGCCAUCCCCAACAGUUCAACCACUUCCUCCAAAUGCAAUAGCAUGUGUCCGGAUAUCACUCCUCUCACGAGGCGUCGCCAGCCCGUGUGCAAGAAUCUACCGCCUCCCCUCCGUUCCCAUCUCCAUACCACCGUCUUCCGACGCCGAAGUCCCUGCGAGUAUACCUCCAGAAGCAACCUCUCUCCCCUCUGAUCUUCGUUCACAGUGGCUUUCGCGCAUCCCUCCAACCUCGGCCUCGUCAAAGUCUGCAUCAUCUACCCAUUCCCAGCCCAAGAGAAAAGCAUCCCGAUUCGACGACAUGGAGACACGAAAGCGCCUUCUGGCACAAGAGCUUCUCGCUGCUCCGCCAAGCCUAGAAGGUACUCCGGCUCCUAAUGAGGUCGACAUCGGAGGACACCAUCCGCUCGUGCCCAAUGCAGAAGACCUCAUUGGCUUCGUCACCACAGGGUCGUUUUGUCUGGCCAACGGCCGAGGCGCGGCCAUUGGCAGCAUAGCCGUGGAGAAGGUGUUGCCAGAUGUCAGGGCAAACCCCAGGGAGGGAAGGCUGUGUAUUGUGAGGAACGCCGGCGAGAAUGUCGGCUGGAUUGCGAGAUGGGAUGCUGUUUAA